GUUGCUUGUCACUCCUGGUUCUCCUAAGGGUUCUUCAAGAGUUCCCAAAACGGUUCUUCCUGGGAAUCCUGUUGAAAUAAAUGUACAAUGGAAUGUGUGUGUGUGUGUGUUUGUAUGUGUGUGUGUGUGUGUGUGUGUGUGUGUGUGUGUGUGUGUGUGUGUGUGUGUGUGUGUGUGUGUGUGUGUACGCGCGCAGAAAUAACUACUAGCAUUUGUGUAGUACCUAUAUAAUUUGAAAAAUAUGUUAACCAGCUAACAUCCUAGAUUUUUCUUUAGGUUUUAAAUGUUAAAUUUAACCUCUGAACUUAUAACGAGUUUGAAAGGAUUUGGUAGCAUUUUAUUUCAUUACAUAGUGAAUAAUAAUGUUAACUGUGUUCAAAAUAAAUACUUUCUCUCUUCAACUGGGGCUUUGGUGUAGGGAGGGUUUAAUGUAUUUUUCCUCCUUACGCUACUCUGUUUUUAAAUAAGUUACUUUGGCUUAUGCAUAUUUAUUUAUUUAUUUAGAAAUGUAUUCAUUUAUUUAGAAAUUUUUUUAAAAAAUGGAGCAGAAUUUAAUUCAAAUGCUAAACUGUACUUUAUCUUGUCACUCUGAUGCUACACUUUAGAACAGAUUACAGCUCUUGUACCUUUAGUGUAUCCUUAUUUACAUGGUAAUGUGAAGGAAGUGUACCUAUAAUUGCACCUUAAGCUGUAAGAGUAAUAAUUUAAUGUACAUUUAGACUGUCGGUGAGAGAUGUACAUGAAGAAAGGUUUAGUUUAAUACAUAUUUUCUGACAGUGUAUGGAUUUGGAGUCACUGCUUGUCAGCCCCUAUGUGAUGCUUCCCAGUAAACCCAGUACAGUUUACAUAAAGUCCUCCUUUGUGCACCUGUUUAUCUCCGUUAAUAUCCCACUCUUCAUUUGAAUAAACCAGGCUCGGUUUGUAGUUUCACUUUUACAUGGGGAAGACUGUACAUUUCUGCAGUAUUGGUUGAUUAUGCGGGGUAUUUCCAGGCAGGCGGAGCAACUUCAUUACUCACAAAAUAAAGAAAACACCCUGAAAUACUCAAACGAAAGUAAAAUCCCCCCAGAGAGAACAUUUCACUACUUUAGAUGACGCGUAACCGAGCAAACGUGGCAAUUAACGCGUGUUAUAAAACAGGCCAAGAGCUCUAACGUGAGGACUAGAUGAUUUAGAGGAGGAGGAAGAGGAGGAGAGCUAAUCUAAUCGGAUUAUGGAGCUCCAGUUUAUUAGCGCAUGAGUCUGAGAGCUACAGAUGGAUGAGCAGCUCGCAGUGCGCAAACGCAAACGGGACAAUGCGGCUUUUAAUGACUUUCAGCGGGGAUUAAUGCGUGUUCGGUAACUGUUUGGUGUAGAUUUGUGUUGUACUUGGACGGAGAGACGUGAUGAGAACACAAUCUGGAACUACAUCAAGUUUACGAGGACAGCUCAGGAGGACAGGAUGAGAGAGUCUACGAGAGAAGAUCCAACUUUUUAUUAUUAUGAUGAUGAUGAUGAUGAUGAUUUAUUAUCACUACUUUCCGAAGCCAGAUGAGUUAACGGGUUAGAUGUUGCUAAUGAGGGACCAUGAGGAUGGUGGAGGCUGUACAGCGGGUAAACUCAAACCCAAACUCAGCAUCAACUCCACGCAAAUCCACCCGUCCAUCGCGCAGGAGCCGCCGGACAUCCAGUACAGCGACUACGACGAGGAUCUCGGUUCGUGUGAUUAUUAUUCUGAGGAUGAUUGCGAGGACUGCGAGGAAUACGAUGAGUUCUCGGACUCGUUCGACACGCGGAGCGUCGCCUCGGAUGACUCGUUCUACCCGCCGGAUGAAGAGCUCACGGAGUCGGAGUGCGACCUGACGCAAACCCCCGCCGGGACGCUAUCGCUGUUCCGAGCCUGCUGCAGUAACAGUGCGCUCACUGUCAAGGCUCUGAUCCGGCAGGGUGUGACCGAGGAAGAGGUGCGAGAAAAGGACCAGAACAACCGGACUGGGCUGAUGGUGGCAUGUUAUCACGGCUAUGUGGAGGUCGUCAUCGCACUGUCGGUGUGUCCGCACCUGGACGUGAACUGGCAGGACAACGAGGGCAACACGGCUCUGAUCACAGCCGCGCAGGCCGGCCACAUCACCGUCACUAACUACCUACUCAACUACUUCCCCGGCCUUGACAUCGAAAAGAAGAACUGUCACGGAUUCACCGCGCUAAUGAAAGCCGCCAUGCAGGGCAGAGUGGACUGUGUCCGAGCGCUGAUCAUGGCAGGAGCUGAUCUGGAAGCCAGAGAUAGCGGGCGUAAGCUGACGCCUCGCGAGUGGGCACUGUUCACCGGACGGCACGAGACGGCCUUCGUCAUGCAGCGGCUCAUCCACCGGCCGUGUCCUGAACAGUGCUCCGACUCGUACCGGCCCGAGUGGCCAUUACUGCCAGCUCUGGUGGCCAAAUCGCAACAGCACAAAGGCUGUGUCCAGAAGAUGAUGGAGGCUCUGUGCAACUUUUUUGACAUCAGCAACGUGACGGAAGCUUCAGAAGACGGCGUCUUCGACCACAUGGUGCAGAUGACAACAGCGCUUGGCAGCCCAUUUAUCGCCAUGUCCUGUCGGACGGUAUGUCCCGGUAGUCCGCCGUGCGUCGGGAAACGCCGCGUCUCGGUCCAGGAGAUCCUAAAAAAGCAGCGCACGCAACAGCUCAAAGGACUUGGAACCGAACGCCUGGAGAACUAUAAACGCCUCUUCCAGAACUCUCGCGUCACUCUGGUGCCUAAACCCAAAGACAGGCGUGCCAGCCUUCAGCCCCAGACUCCCAGUGACUCUUCAGUUCUCCGGAGAGGAAGUCUUCUCCCGCUCCACCUGGUGAGACGGAGCAGCGUGAGACCGGGCCUGGUGGUGCCCAAGCUGCGGAUCACCAAGGUUCUGACGGUACCGCACGAUCCAGAGAAGAAGCGGCGCAAAAGUAGCUGCAACAAUGACCAGUUCCUUCAGGUGCCCAAGUGGAGGUACAAAGAACUUAAAGAAGAACGAAAGAAGGCAGAAGAAGCUGAGCGGAAACGUCUGGAGGCAAUCACUAGGAGACACCUCGCUCGCGGUAAACAGAAGUAACUCUGUCACGAUGUGUGUGCUACACAUCCGGGCACAUCCCGGCAUGGGAAUUUUGAUACUUGAAACUUUUUAUCAUCAUUUUUAUUUUCAUAUUUAUUCCGUAAGAAAACUGUCGCUUUUUUGGGAUACUACAAGCUUUGAUUCGUCAGAGGGUCAAAAUUUCUAACACACACACACACACACACACACACAAUCUUUCCAUGGUGGGCCCAACAUCCGAGCUGUUAUUGGCUGAAACAUCUACAGUACCAGCAUAAAUAUCAAAUCAAAAAUAUUUGUACAUACUAAAAGGAUUUAUUUUUAUUUUUUUU